UUUUUAUCGAGAAAUGGCGAAUUAUUAAAAAUGAAAAAUGUUCCCAUAAUGAAUCUUAGGCAUCUUGAUGUAGAAAGGCGCAUAGUGAGUUCAAUAGGGAAAAUUCAAGUUUUCCCUAGAAGGGGGCAUAAUUCUCAAAAAGACCAUAGCUCUCAUUCUGGAUUAUCCGCCCUGCUAACCGAACCAAGAAGUCGAGGAACGAAAAUAACAUUAAUAGGAUUAGGUGCAAAUAUAGGACUAACGUUUGUAAAAGGUGUAGCUGGUUGGGUGAUGAAUUCUGCAUCUUUGUUGGCUGAUGCCGCACACUCUCUAAGUGACUUGAUUAGUGAUUUUGUGACAUUAUAUACUUUUCAAAAAUCAAGAAAACCUCCGGAUGCAACCCAUCCUUAUGGUUACGGCAAAUACGAAACCGUUGGUUCUCUUGCAGUAUCUACAUUACUAAUUUUCGGCGCGUUAGGCAUUGGUUAUCAUUCUUAUGAGCUUUUAAUAAGCGUCAUUCCUCCCGAUGUGUCAUUUGAUCUCAAUAGCAUCGGUGCUAUCCAAGACAGUUUCCAUCAGCGGCCACAGUUAAAUCCGAAUGCUGCGUGGUUUGCGACAGCUUCGGUAUUGGUGAAGGAGGCGUUGUAUAGAUCAACGAUUAAAAUUGGUUUGGAAGAAAGAUCCGAUGUUUUGGUGGCCAAUGCAUGGCAUCAUCGAAGUGACGCUGCAUCUAGUUUAGUGGCAUUGGUUUCAAUUGCCGGAAGUUAUAUCGGUUUUCCAUUUCUCGACCCAUUAGGUGGUAUCCUAGUCGCUGGGAUGAUUAUGAAAAGUGGAAUGGAUAUUUUGAUUUCAUCUUUGAAGGAACUGGUUGAUGUACGUGUAGAAGAAGAUGUCAUCAAUCACGUUAAACACGCAAUUCAAAGAUUUCAGUAUGAAGAACCGAAUAUCACAAAUUUCCACAGUAUAAGAGGGCGAAAAUCCGGUCCAUUUUAUUUAAUUGAUAUGGUGUUACAAGUUAAACCAGAUCUAACUGUUGCCAGAGCACAUCAUAUCGAAGAGGAGAUGAUCAUGGACCACACCACUAAUUAUAAACUGAACAAUGCUCUGAUGGAUUCGAAUGAACGUAGUAACCACCCUCAAACCGCCUGUCUAAGCUCUAUUGAGACAUUUCAAUCGACAGUUAUUGUGUUAACCUCUCAGUCUCUUUAUAAUAUUAAUUAUGUGUUAACUUCAAUUCUGAAAAAGGCAAAGUGCAAUGUACCAUAUCGUAGCCUUAAUUUAAAAACCGUCAACUCUUAUGGAUUUAACUUAUCGCUGUUCUAG